UUUCGGAGAGUCCAAGGAUCGUCUUCUCGAGAUUUCUUUCUUAAGAGUGGGUUUUCAGUGUUUCAGUAUCGACACCUCGUAAGGGGUCCUCGCUUUUUUAAUUUUGCUUCACAGCAUUGACCCCAUUUGCAGCUCAAGCCAGGUAGAUGUUAGAUUGUUAGCUGCUCUUGAUAGUGACUUAAGGAUUUGAUUGUAGCAUGUUUAUCAUCAGAUUGUGCGUGUCAAUUUUCAUAGCCUAUUGGAGAUGGGUUUCUGGACUUUGCUAGAAGGUUUUCUGCUCUUCGCAAAUGCAUUGGCAAUAUUGAAUGAGGACCGGUUUCUUGCUCCAAGAGGAUGGACUUUGGCAGAAAUGACAGGACCAAGGAGGAGUUCUCUUAAAGGGCAAGUGAUAGGGCUUAUAUAUGCCUGUCAAUUCUUAAGACUUCCCCUUAUUCUGUUCAACAUUGUCAUUAUAAUUGUGAAGCUGUUCUCUGGAUAACUUAAAUAGAGUGACAUUGAAGCGCUAUA